AUGGGCGACCAGUCCCCGCCAUGGCCGCCGCACCUCCUCCUCGUGCUCUUCCUCUUCCUCGCGACAUGGCGGGCCGCCGCCGAUGCGCCGGACGACCGCAGCGCCCUCCUCGAGUUCAAGGAGACGACGCUGUCUCCGGCUCCAAGCGACUGGGGCGGGCAGGAUGGCCCGUGCAUCAAUAACGUGUCGAAAUGGACCGGAGUCUACUGCGACAAAGACGGGAGAGUGUCCGUUCUGCGGCUAGAGAGCAUGAACUUGUCGGGCACGUUGACCCUCGACGCCCUCUCAGAAUUACCGAACCUUCGCUCGCUUAGCUUCAGCAACAACAGCCUCGAGGGGUCGAUCCCGAACGUCACGAAGCUGCCCAAUUUGAAGUCUAUAUACCUGUCGAUGAACCGGUUCGCCGGGGAGAUACCGGACGGCAUGUUCUCGGCGAUGCUGGGGCUGAAGGUGUUGUGGCUGUCGCAGAACAACUUCUCGGGGUCGAUUCCGAGUUCUCUGACGGCGCCGAAGAAGCUCGCCGAGCUGCGGCUGGAUGGCAACAAGUUCGAGGGCCAAAUCCCUGCUCUAUGGCAGCCCAAUCUGCAGCUGGUGAACGUCUCCUUUAACGAUCUGGAGGGGCCGAUCCCGGAAAGGCUCAGCAAUAUGAGUGCCAGUUGGUUCGAAGGUAACAAGAAUCUCUGCGGCCCACCGCUUGCGGUCUCAUGCGAGUCACCGAAGAAGAAUCUCUCGCCUGCUCUUCUCGUCGUCGUCAUAGUGAUAUCAGUUGCAGCGUUGGUGGCGAUCGUGGGAGCGACUACUUUCCUCUUCCGGCGCCGGAAAAAAGAGGCUACAACGGUUAACAAGCUUCGAUCCGUUAAACCCGAAACGACGGUCCAUUUGGAGGCAGACGGGAUGGGGCUGGGAACAGUAAGGUAUCACGAGGGGGAGAAGAAGGUGCCGAAGGAGGAGAAGCUGUUGUUCGUCGGGGAGAGGAGGGGGACGUUCGGCCUACAGGAUUUACUCAGGGCUUCAGCUGAGGUUCUCGGCAGCGGAAACUUUGGCUCUUCCUACAAAGCCAUCCUGCUCGAUGGCCCCUCGGUGGUGGUGAAGAGGUUCAAGGAGAUGAAUGGAGUGGGGAGAGAAUACUUCCAAGAGCACAUGAGAAGGCUGGGGAGAUUGUCUCACCCUAAUCUUCUGCCUUUGGUGGCUUACUACUACAGGAAGGAGGAGAAGCUGUUGAUCUCCGACUACAUCCCUAAUGGAAGCUUAGCUCACAUGCUAUAUGGGAAUCGCACUUCAAGAACAUCACCACUGGAUUGGCCAACGCGCUUAAAGAUCAUCAAAGGUGUAGCGAGAGGCCUCGCCUACCUGUACGAGGAGCUCCCGAUGCUUACCGUUCCCCAUGGCCACCUCAAGUCCUCGAACGUGCUGCUUGAUCUCUCCUUUGAGCCCAUCCUCACGGACUACGCCCUGGCGCCUGUGAUGAACAAGGCUCAUGCGUCGGAGUUGAUGGUGGCUUACAAGUCCCCGGAGUGCGCCCAGCACGGCAAACCGUCCACGAAGAGCGACGUGUGGAGCCUCGGGAUACUGAUGCUCGAGAUACUAACCGGCAGGUUUCCGGCAAAUCAUCUGAGGCCGGGACGAGCAGGCACGGAUUUGGCGAAAUGGGUGAGCUCGGUGAUCAGGGAAGAGUGGACCGGCGAAGUGUUCGACGGCACCAUGAAGGGGACGAGGAACAGCGAAGGUGAGAUGCUGAAGCUGCUGCGGAUAGCCAUGGCGUGCUGCGAGACCGACGUUCGCAGGAGGUGCGAAAUGGCGGCAGCGCUCGAGAGGAUCGAAGAGCUGAAGGAACGAGAGAGCGACGCGGAGUUCUCUUCUUCGGCCAUUAGCGAGGGUGAAGCCUUUUAUUCUUCCAAAGCCUUGACCGAUGACGACUUCUCUUCUCCUAAGAACUGAGGAGAUUUGCAUUUCCAUUUGGAGCAUUGAUUUGUUUGAUUUCGAA